AUGAGUGAAGAAGCCAAAGAGAAGCCAGCGAAACCUGCCCAUCGGAAGAAGAAGGGCAAAAAGUCUGACACCAAUGCAAGCUACCUUCGAGCAGCCCGAGCAGGCAACUUAGAAAAAGCUCUUGACUACUUAAAGAAUGGAGUGGACAUCAACAUUUGCAACCAGAACGGGCUGAACGCUCUCCAUCUCGCUUCCAAAGAAGGCCAUGUAGAAGUUGUGUCAGAGCUGAUCCAGAGAGGCGCCAAUGUGGAUGCGGCAACCAAGGUCUGGAGCUGGUAUAUGAAACUUGCACUGCUUUCCUACUCAGGCCCCACGCCCGCGGAGGGCAACUGA